AUGAUCAACGUCGGUUUAAAUGAAACUUGGACAACAGUAGAUUAUUCAACAUUUUCAAAUGAAAUAACAAAUGAUGGAUUAUUAUUUACAUCAUUAGUUAAAGAACAAACCACAAAUGGCUCUCAGUCAACCGUUACUAUAUCUCCAUCUACUUAUUUUACUUCAAUAAAUCUUCCUGACACUGUAACGAACAAUACUAAUUCAGAAGCGAGGAAUAGCUUUGAAGUCAAAGCUUUAUUACAUAAUGAAUUUAUGGCAAAAUCAACGAAAUGGUCAAAACUAUUUAAUCCAUUAUCACUGUUAUUCCAGACGAUAUCAGGAAUGUUCUGCAACACGCAUAUAAAUCUGACUACUGCAUGGAGUCUAACACUUAGAAGUGGUGUGGAAUGCACUUCUGUCAAUCUCAAAAUAAUUAAUACAAAGAAUAAUCAUACAUCUAUGCAUAGUAACUCACCAAAAUCUGUAACAACUAUACAGGUCACAGCAAAACUAGUAGUUAAUAGCUCAAUCAACGUGAUUCUAACACAUCAAAUCCUCACAGGUCUGGACACCAGCGAGUCAACACCACAUGCAAGGCAAUCGUCCACACUAACACCGAGUAGCAGCUCGUCAACAGCAUCUGGACAGACGACAAAUGUGGUCAACACAACACUCGUGACUACUGGUGGAACCGCAAGUCUGGACACCAGCGAGUCAACACCACAUGCAAGGCAAUCGUCCACACUAACACCGAGUAGCAGCUCGUCAACAGCAUCUGGACAGACGACAAAUGUGGUCAACACAACACUCGUGACUACUGGUGGAACCGCAAGUCUGGACACCAGCGAGUCAACACCACAUGCAAGGCAAUCGUCCACACUAACACCGAGUAGCAGCUCGUCAACAGCAUCUGGACAGACGACAAAUGUGGUCAACACAACACUCGUGACUACUGGUGGAACCGCAAGUCUGGACACCAGCGAGUCAACACCACAUGCAAGGCAAUCGUCCACACUAACACCGAGUAGCAGCUCGUCAACAGCAUCUGGACAGACGACAAAUGUGGUCAACACAACACUCGUGACUACUGGUGGAACCGCAAGUCUGGACACCAGCGAGUCAACACCACAUGCAAGGCAAUCGUCCACACUAACACCGAGUAGCAGCUCGUCAACAGCAUCUGGACAGACGACAAAUGUGGUCAACACAACACUCGUGACUACUGGUGGAACCGCAAGUCUGGACACCAGCGAGUCAACACCACAUGCAAGGCAAUCGUCCACACUAACACCGAGUAGCAGCUCGUCAACAGCAUCUGGACAGACGACAAAUGUGGUCAACACAACACUCGUGACUACUGGUGGAACCGCAAGUCUGGACACCAGCGAGUCAACACCACAUGCAAGGCAAUCGUCCACACUAACACCGAGUAGCAGCUCGUCAACAGCAUCUGGACAGACGACAAAUGUGGUCAACACAACACUCGUGACUACUGGUGGAACCGCAAGUCUGGACACCAGCGAGUCAACACCACAUGCAAGGCAAUCGUCCACACUAACACCGAGUAGCAGCUCGUCAACAGCAUCUGGACAGACGACAAAUGUGGUCAACACAACACUCGUGACUACUGGUGGAACCGCAAGUCUGGACACCAGCGAGUCAACACCACAUGCAAGGCAAUCGUCCACACUAACACCGAGUAGCAGCUCGUCAACAGCAUCUGGACAGACGACAAAUGUGGUCAACACAACACUCGUGACUACUGGUGGAACCGCAAGUCUGGACACCAGCGAGUCAACACCACAUGCAAGGCAAUCGUCCACACUAACACCGAGUAGCAGCUCGUCAACAGCAUCUGGACAGACGACAAAUGUGGUCAACACAACACUCGUGACUACUGGUGGAACCGCAAGUCUGGACACCAGCGAGUCAACACCACAUGCAAGGCAAUCGUCCACACUAACACCGAGUAGCAGCUCGUCAACAGCAUCUGGACAGACGACAAAUGUGGUCAACACAACACUCGUGACUACUGGUGGAACCGCAAGUCUGGACACCAGCGAGUCAACACCACAUGCAAGGCAAUCGUCCACACUAACACCGAGUAGCAGCUCGUCAACAGCAUCUGGACAGACGACAAAUGUGGUCAACACAACACUCGUGACUACUGGUGGAACCGCAAGUCUGGACACCAGCGAGUCAACACCACAUGCAAGGCAAUCGUCCACACUAACACCGAGUAGCAGCUCGUCAACAGCAUCUGGACAGACGACAAAUGUGGUCAACACAACACUCGUGACUACUGGUGGAACCGCAAGUCUGGACACCAGCGAGUCAACACCACAUGCAAGGCAAUCGUCCACACUAACACCGAGUAGCAGCUCGUCAACAGCAUCUGGACAGACGACAAAUGUGGUCAACACAACACUCGUGACUACUGGUGGAACCGCAACUGAUACAACGGAUGCGGUUUCAAGCAGCAGAACGCUAAGUGAUCUUCAGACUCCACUGACAACGACUAUUCCGCCAUUUAAAACAUCAUCACUUACAACAAUAAUAUCAACAAAUGUUACCUUAUCCAGUGAAGUACCCUUCAAAAAUCUAACUGAUAGUCAUUCAUCAUCUACAAAAGGAUCACAGAAUUCCAAGGAGACAAGUUCAGCUCAAGAUUAUUCCACAUCUACUACAUUAGUUUCUUUUGUAUUAACAGGCACAACUGAUACAACUACUGAAAAGUCGACAGUGACUUUAGCAACUUAUGUAGACAGAAUUUCAACAGAAUUUCAAAUUAAAGCAGUAUUAUAUACCGUCACAACGGGGAGCUUUGUCUCAUGGUCUGAUGAUUACAGUGACACAAAGUCAUCUUCUUAUAUUCAAUUAUUCAGCAGCUUUUGUUCUCUGGUCUUAAACAGCUUGAAAUCAGGAAAUUCACGAAUAAGUCAAGGUGCAACAUGUACUUCUGUUGUAUUCAGUCGUGUUACUGUUACUAAGCGUUCAAAACGACAAGCUACUAAUGUAACUUCAACAUCAGAUGGAGUGCAAGCAAGUGGAUCAGUUGAACUACAAACAUUGUCUGGUUCACAAUUGAAUCAGGCACAAUUUACAGAAAUAUUACUUAGUGGUUAUAAACAACUUAAUUUAACAUCUGGACAAUACCUUGAUAACAUUGAAUCAACACGUAUUUCUCCAAGAGUUACUUGUUCUCAAACAGUAUCACUGUGUGGUCAACACGCUUCUUGCCGAAAUACUGAUAAUGGUGUCACAUGUACUUGUGAUCCAAUGUGGAAAGAUUCAAAUCCAGAUGAUCCAGGAAAAAAUUGUACAUGUACGUUUUAG